GUGGGAAGGACUCAGAGCUGCUGUAAGGAGAUGAGUGUCAGUUGUCAGCAGUGAAUCAGAGAGUGAAGAUGAAGCUUCUACUGAGCAGUCUGCUACUCGCCUCCUUCUGUGCUCUCUCAUCUUGGAGUGUUUCAUCUGCAGGUGAACCUGCUGUUAGCCAGACCCCUGAUGUCUCUGUGGUGGAGGGCGAGACGGCAGAGAUCAGCUGCUGCUGGACACUAAAGUAUCAAAGCGUGAGAGUUAAAUGGCUGAAAAAUCACACAGAAAUAAAGAGUAAGAUGAUGAUCUUCAAGAAUUUCUCUCAUGGAUCACUGUCAGAUAAGACCUCUAACUGCUCACACUUGACAUUGAUGAAUGUCGCAAGAGACGAUUCAGGGAGAUACAUCUGCGAGGUGACAGUGGAAAUACCCAAUCUCAACAAGGCUCAAGGAAAUGGUACCGUCCUCACAGUUACGGCCAAGGACAACGCAACAGGUUUGUACAAAAAUGUCAUCGUUUCUCUGGCUGUGGUGGCUCUGUUGCUCCUCAUCGCUCUCGCGUGUGUCUGGUGUCUGCGACGAAGACGAGACUCAGUGCAUGCCACCAGGGUGAUCUACGAGGUUCCCCACAUUGACUCUGAGGAGGUAGAAAUGGACAAACACAGCACCAGCUCAUCCAAAGGGUCUUCUCAGUGGUGUCAGGUACCAGUGUAUGAAUCCUUCGAUUACUUUGAACGUGUCGAGACCAAAGAAAGUGGAUGAAGAUGUGCUGACCAGGGAAAUAUUCCCAUCUUUGACUAGUUUUGAUUCUGCUUUUCAGCAUGUAUAUAAUGUACAUAAUUUUACUCGCAUUUACUUGAAUUAUGGACUUUUGUAUAUUAGGAUUUUAUAUGAAUGUAAAUAUUUGAUAUUUUUCUAUAAACUCAGUUCUUUCCAUU